AUGGAGGAGGUUGUUUUCCCCCUUGCCUUUCCCUUCCUUUGUAAUCUCAUCCUCCUGGAAAAAAGCUGGAAGCACAGCCACUGGUCUUGGGCUCCUGGUGAAUCCUGACACUCAAAAAUUGUGCAUAAGGGAGAAAAAAAGAGGUUUCUGGAACAAUGUUUAUCCAAGAAGCUUAAGAUCUAUAAUUGCAAUUUUUUUCCCUUCCCCCUUCUCUGUGAGGAAUAAAAGAUCAAAGGGGCUUUGAAAAAUCCUUGCAAAUGGGAGCAGGGAAUGAUGUUUACGGAGAUGUAGGAGAUUUCCCAGUGAGUUUUAAAAAGCUUUGCUCUGUUUAAAACUCAUCCAGCUUGUCCAGCCCUAAUCCCUGCUCCGUGGGCUCUGUGGAGUGCUGUCUCCAGCAGGCAAACCCUGCAGCCACACAACCGCCCAGGGACAUCUCUCAGCAGGGACCAAAAAUCACUUCCCAACACUAAAGCCCUGAAUGAGGCUCUUCCCCCACACUGGGAUAUCUGGGAAGGGAAGCAGGCCCCACGCUACUGGAGAUGCCUGCAGGCCUUGGCAUGUGAUGGUACAAAGGUCAGGCAGCAGCCCAGCCUGCUCUUCCUUACUGUGUUCAGGUCCAGGAGUUCUGACCUGGGAAUUCCUUUUUCCCAGGGCCCAGGGUCCCAGAGUGCCUGCCCUUGCUGUUGGAAACAAAUUGAAGUUACUGAUGGUCUCUCUUCUAGGCCACCAGCUUUUCCCAGAGUCCAUGGGCAACAAAGUAUUUCCCAGCUGGCCAGUGCCUGACAAAAAUCCUUAUUUCAAGCCAAAACUUGAAUUUCCCAUCUCUCCAGAGAUCGUGCACUGGCAGGAGGACACAGACCUGCCUGGAGAGCCCAGGGGUGCACGGGGUGCCAUGCCCCUGAGCAGCGGGACCUGGAUCCACCUGGGGCCGGGAGUGACACUUGGGAUGGGCGGCAGCAGCACCUGGAUCCACCCAGAUCAGGGAGGUUCACGUGGGAUGGGCAGCAGCAAGACCUGGCUCCACCCUGUGCCACCAGGCUGCCACGGGGCGGGCAAAGUGCGAGGCAGGUGUGACAAAAGGCAGCACGGACAGGUAGGUCUCUGCCAGCCCCGGUGGGCACGGGAGGUGCUGGGUCAGGGAGGAGCUGUGGCCACGGGAAUGGUGUGGGCCAGCACCGGCCACACGGCUUGUGCCACCACUCUCUGCCAUCUCUCUCUUCUCCACCCGAGGACCAUGGGGCUCCGCAGUGUGACCAUCCUGCUGGGCACAGCCCUCCUCCUGCUGGCACCUGGCAGCACACAGGCUCUGAGCAGCUCCCGGUGGAAGGACCUGGCCACGGAGCAGGAUUUGGCUGAGGAAAGCAUCCUGGGCGUAGGAGCACCAGAGGAGGGUGAACCAGGAAUAAAGGUCUUCUCCAGCAGUGCCUGGGCUCAGAGGGGCCCACCCCAAGUCCAAGCAAGGCCAGAAGAGGAUCGUGACCACCUGUACCGCCCCCAAGAUGAUGGCAGGGAGGCCAGUGCCCGUGUGCCAUUCUGGAUGCCGGUCCCGAAGGUGCAGAAUGGCCCGGAGGAGGAUCGUGACCACCUGUACCACCCCCAGGAUAAUGCCAGGGAGGUCAAUGCCCGUAUGCCAUUCUGGAUGCUGGCCCCAGAGGUGCAGAAUGGCCCGGAGGAGGAUCUUGACUACAUCCACCACGGUUGAGUGGAGAUAUGGCCGGGCUGUGAAAUGAAGGGUGGGAGCUGUCCCUGGGGUUUCCUGGGGAAAUUUGUCCCUUGCUACCAAACCUUAAGCCUCACCAAUAAACCCAUCCCCUCUCCAUGUCCUGGUGGGCUCCUCAUUACUAUCAAAACCCGUUGCUAACUGAAGGGCCUCCAAACCUGCAGGAACUUCCUGAGGAUUACCCCAAGGCACCAGUCAGGGUGAGGACAAUGCCCUGGGACAGGAGACUCAGCCCAGGUGAGGCUGAGGCAAACUCAGCACAUUGGUUGUGCCCCAGAAGGUGCCACAGGCUGUCCCCUUCCUGGGGAACGCCCAGACCUAU